AUGCUCGCCUUCAAUUCACCCACCCUUUCUGCUUUCUUUGGUCUCGUGUCUCCUCCAGUUGAGAAGGCUGUUGAACGGACAGUGACGCCACCGCCCGAUUACCAGCGUGUCGACCCGCAGAAUGCAUCGACGCCUGUACGCCCUACUCGGCCCUCCAGGUCGCAAACCCUCGAGGAUAUCUUCGCACUGUACGGUGACACGGAAGACGUCACCGUCAAGCCUAUACCUCAAUCUGCGCGUAAACACAGCAGGAAGCCUGCGCUUUCACUUUCAUUGUCAGCUAGCGCUGCACUGAUAGCGCCCGUCGCAUCUAAGAAGCAGAAGAGCCCGGUGGUUGCAUCUCCUCCAAACCCUUACUUCCGUAACCUGUGCCGCGAUCCGUUGAACUUGGUUCUGCAUUCCGAGAGUGGCUCUCGUCGUGCCCCGCACAUCGUCAUCACGCCGCCUGCGUACCAGGAGACCGACACGUACGCGGUCGAAGACAAUGCGACGCCCUACCAGAGUCACGCGCAGUUGGCUGUGAAUGACAAGCCGAUGGGAUACUUGAUUUCUCAGACGCUGCCCGCUCCCGGAGAAGCAACCGCCGAAUCUGUGCAGGCAGUGUCGGAGAAGCCGAUGCUGACGCGUGCUAGCAAGUCGUUUCAGCUCCCGUCUCCUCGUAAGCCGAUGGAUCAAUGGGCGUGCCAGUACACGUACCGCGCUUGUGCAUUUCUGACUGCUCGCAAGGCUUCAAAGAUGCUUCGCGCGCCCAGUGCAGCGCUGAUCGCCGCUCUUCAGCCACAGCCAUUGAAAUGGACGGACGCUGCCGAACCCUUGCUAGCUUGGAUGAGCCAAUUCCGUGGUGUUACCGUUCUUGACUCGCGUAUGCCUUGUACAGUGCCACACAUUGUCAUCGCCGAGCCACCUCCCGAUGAUGGCUGGACCGCGUAUGACAAUGUUGCGCCCCAGCAGGACUCCCAGAACGGGCAAACCCUGUCUUUAGACUGGACGCCUCGUGCACCCGUCUACCAGUCUACCAUCAACGAGGAGUGGUACUCCGAGAACUAUGUCAACGACUACCUUUCUCUGGACGAGGGCUUCUCCUUCUUGGAUGACGAAGAGGACUGGGACGAGCUCCCUUCGCCAACCAGGCUCGACCAGUCUCUACCGUCGACCCCUCCUCCAUACACAGAGAGCGUCUGGAGCACGUCUUACGUCGACUCUCGAUCGUGUGCCGAGGGUCCCGGCAAGACGCAGUGUCAGAUGGAAACUACUCUCAGUCCCACGACGGGCCCGAGCCUGCACUUCUUCCUUGUUCAGGGAGAAGCCUCGCAGCUUGCACAUGCUGCACACGAGUUCCCCAGUUCCAUUGAGCACGAUGAGAUCUUCUCGCCGCUCUCACCUUGUUCUUUGACGAUCACAUCCAUCACGCUCCUUAACCUACGCAAGGUAUUCUCGCGGCCAUUUACACGCACAGCUUUCUUCAUACAACGGACGGACAGACGGACGGACACGGACACCCGGAGGAGGAUCAUCCCAUUUCUAUUUCACCCUUUCAUUCUUACGACGAUCAUGACGGUCUUCUGUUCAUAG